ACCAUUUAAAUGCCUAUUGUACUACCUCGUUAGCUCUCACAUUCAACUGCCAAGUCAAGAUUGAGCACAAGUUUUGCCAAUUUCAAUCAUUGUGAUGACAUUAACUAGCUCUCUUAUUGCUCUAGUUUCUGUUGUUAUUCUCUUUUCAACUUCUCUCCAACCUGCUGUGAUCGCACUUAGCUCCGAUUACUAUGACCAGACAUGCCCCAUGGCCGAGUCAAUCAUCACCAAAGUUGUCAACAAAGCUAUGUUGAAUGACAAAACAGUUCCAGCCGCACUUCUAAGGAUGCAAUUCCAUGAUUGUUUCAUCAGAGGUUGUGAUGGUUCUGUGCUGCUGAAUUCGACAAGAAACAACAAAGCAGAGAAAGAUGGACCAGCCAAUAUUUCAUUGCACGCGUUUUAUGUAAUUGACAUUGCUAAGAAACAAAUUGAGGCUAUGUGUCCUGGAGUUGUGUCUUGUGCUGAUAUUGUGGCUCUUGCUGCUAGAGAUGCUGUUGCUCUUUCGGGAGGUCCUACUUGGGAUGUGCCUAAAGGAAGAAAAGAUGGUAGAAUCUCAAAGGCCAUUGAAACGCGACAAUUACCAGCUCCCACCUUCAACAUUUCUCAACUGAAACAGAGUUUCUCUAAGAGAGGCCUUUCAUUGGAUGAUUUGGUUGUACUUUCAGGAGGGCACACUCUCGGAUUCUCUCAUUGUUCUUCCUUCCAAAACAGAAUCCACAACUUCGACAAUAGUCACACUAUUGAUCCAGCAUUACAAGCAUCAUUUGCAGCCAGUUUGCAAAAUGUUUGCCCCAUGCACAACAAGGUCAAGAAUGCAGGAGCUACCAUGGAUUCUACUACAACGUUAUUCGACAACGCCUACUACAAAUUACUAAUGCAGGGCAAAAGCCUUUUUUCUUCAGAUGAAGCUUUGCUCACUACGUCAAGAACCAAAACAUUAGUUUCAAAGUAUGCUAAUUCCCAAGAUGAGUUCUUUAAAGCAUUUACCAAUUCUAUGAUCAAGAUGAGUAGUAUUAGUGGUGGUGGACAAGAGGUUAGGCUGAAUUGUAGAUUUGUUAAUUAGGUGAUAAGCCUGAUUUCUUUAAUGUAAAUUGGAAGCUCUUCAUUAUUUGUGUAGUUAUAAUUAAUUUUUCAGAAGAGCUAAGGAUCAAAUGAAAAAAGCAAAGCUCAUAUUGUGUGUUUUGUGGUCAAGUUUGAAAGGAUUUGAUGAAAGAUUUGUUUAAGCAUGGUUUGUUUGUACCUGA